CUAUGACUUCAACAUAAACUGUGUGAUGUUGCCAUGUUCCAUACAAGUUAAUCUUGACAUCAUCUUGCCUGUACGCGCAGCAUAAUCAGUAUAAUAGACCUACUUAGAAGACCUCAGGUCCAUAAGUGAAAUAAUGGACCUCUCAGUGACCUAUCAGAUUGCAGUAUUACUACAAGCAUUUUCUAAUAACAGGACUGAACACAUGGACAGCAAGUUGUCUUUAAUAUGCACACCGUAAUUCUGGGCUCCUGGAGAGAGUUUUGGACAAGGCCUUGAGAAAAGACAGGCUUUCAGUGGUGGACAUUGAGGUACCUACAUACGAGCUACCAUUACCAGAGGGUGUGGGUGAGGAAAAACUUCGCCCACUAAUCAGUCACAUCUUAAUUAUAAAGACAGUCGUGUUCAUUUGACCUAAGUUAUGAGAGUGACCUUCACAGUGACCUCUGGGAGUGGAUAGCGGACCAUCUAGCAGCCGAUUGGACGACUGUCACUCAACUCAGGAUGGAGGAGAGUAAGAGAGAUCCAUCAGAGGAACCAUUUCGCUCCCUCUACACUGCCAGGGAGUUGCUGUCAGGUAUGAGGGCUAAACUGGAUGCCUAUCCUCUCAAAGAGCUCGAGGAUUUCACUAUUUUCUCGUGUUUUGUUGAACUGGAAAUGGUCCUACCCCCCACAUAGUAUCACAUGUUGAACAGUCACGAGGUGGACACGUACGGUAGUAACGAGCACCACUUCAGUCUGGCCCACAAGACUGCCCUCCAUGGCCGCCUGCCCAUCAUAUAGUUCCUAGUGGAGAGUGGACUGCCCUCCUCCGCACUGCAGAUACCCAGAUGACUCAUUCACCACACCCGCCAUGCUCGCUAUACAGGUACAGGGAACACUUACUAAUAGGCAGUUACUGGUUGUCCGUUUGACACUGACAUUUCUGUAUAUCAUCGAAAAUCUCGAAAUGUUUAGUUUGGGCAAUCUGUGAAAAAUUAAUGCCUUGAAAAUAACCCGCUAUCAUAAAAUUAAUUGUGUUUGAAAAUUGAGAAUAUUAUUUUGCAAUUUUACGUUCAGUCUCCUAAUAAUUGACUACCAUUGCCCCCUCCACUAGGGUGGUUCAGUGGAGUGUCUCCAAUGGCUAGUGGAGGAGGCUAAGAUCCCCUUCCAAGUGAGGAACACUGGGGGAGAGACUCUCAUGCAUCACGCUGCGUUAUAGGGGUGGGCGGAUGUGUGAGUGGGUGGGUGGAUGUGUGCUGUUAGUGUAAUAAGUGCUUGCUCAAGUCUAAAAUGUGUGUAUCGCAUUAGCUACUGUAGCAACGAUAACUGAAAAUAAUGCUGUCAUAUUGUUGGUUUUUAGAUAUUUAGUUUCUAAGUCUAGCUGUAUCACUCCCCUACCCCACACCAUAGAUUGAAAAGGAAGGGGAUUGGAAAUGACCAGGCCGCCCUGUGUAAACUGGUGAAACACUCCGCGUUAUGAUUUCGCGCUCGCGAAUAUUUACCGUACUCGGGUUGUAUUUCAACUGUUUCUAGCUAUCCUAUCCGCUAGCAAUCACUCAGGAGCUGGGAGGUACUCUAGAGAAGUAACUUUACACCACUGACAAGCUCUAUAUCCCUUGUCUUUACUUUGUUUUUACUUUUUGUUGAGUUUAGCUUGAAAUACUCCAUGUCAACUUUUCUCUUUCCCUGCUGUGAAGCCGAAACAGCAAAGGACAUUGCUUGACUUGGUUAUUAUGUAUCUAAGUGCUAUAUAGGAUGGUUUCAUGCCAUGGAUAAGCUGUACUGUUCAUAAACGUUUGCAGUAUAGCCCUUCAAACUGCUUUAGUAUACUUUUAGACACACCACGGGCCUUGACCUCCCACGACUUCAUAGUAAGAGCUAUUCCUUCUUGUAUAGCAUUUAUUUGUUUAGUGAUAGUGGCUGCGUUGCUUAGUCUACCUUUUAGAGCUAGAUUCUCUUUACUUUUUAGAAUAAUCAACAUUAAAAGUGAUCAAUUUCACCAUUUCUAUGUACAACACAUUGUAUGGCAGCAAGACAGGUAAUGAGCAUGCUGACUAUAAAUUUAAUCCUUUGUAGUUUUAGCCACACCCUAUAACGCGGAGUGUUUCACGCAAACAUUUUCGUUUUCAAUCCCCUUCCUUUUCAAUCUAUGCCCACACACACCACACACAACCGCUCACACACACCACCCACACACACACACACCCACACACAGCUGCUCAUGGACUUUGGCUACAGCAUGGUCCACACGGACAGGGAGAACCAGAAGCCGAUGGAUUGGGCUGAUGCUAUGGGUCAGAAUAUCUGUGUCCUCUAUCUCAUGAUGUACGAGACUUGUUGGGCACUCUCCGGAGAACUGACACACAUGGCCGAGCAGCUCGCUAUUGUACAGAAGGAGAAUGGACAGUUACGAGAUGCAUUCUCCAGUCUAGAGAAAGAGCAUGAAUCUGCCAUUACUAAACUGCUGACUAGUCACGAGGAGAGACUGACUAAGAUGAGGGAACAUCACGUCGACCUCAUGGCAUCAACUGCACAUGAACCAGGACACUCCGCCCACUGGAGGGAGAGGGGCUACUGCACCAUCAGCCAAUAAGAACAGGGGUCAAGUGCCUGUGAGGAAGGCGCCCCCUGAACCACCCACUACCCCUCAACGAUCCUCCAAUCGUCCCCCUGUACCCCCGGAUCCUGCCGCUAAGAAGAGGUCGCGAGGGUCAAAGGACAGAGGUCAUGAGGCGGCAGAUAAAGGGGAGGACCAUAAUACCAUUGACUAUCGAACAGCCACCCCCCAAGAAGUGUUAGAGAAGCAGAUAACGUCAGUAGCUCAGCGUAUGAAUGCUAAUGGAGAGGCUCGUAAACGUGGUGGUGGUAUGACCCGAACCUUCUCCCCCCUCUCUCCUAUCAUACAGCGCCUCUACAGCAAGUCAGAUGUGGCUGAUAGCAAGAGUGAGAGGUCCUCCAGGAGCCAGAGACACACAGAAGACGCUAGGAGAUCGGCUCCGAAAGUCAAGUUCUCUAAAACUAUUACCGAGUUUCCAGACUACAGUCACUAUGACAACCCGACAGAGAUGAAAUCAGUAUCAAGCCCAGGUCAAAGUCCGUCCCAUAGUCACCAUGGCAAGUUGGUUGGGGACUCGCUGAGGGUCAAAGAUAGUAGAGGAAGGGAUUGGAAACGGGAUCACGUGAGCUUAUACUUGCAACGUGAGGCCUCUGGGACCGUGCGCGUUGCAACCAAUAGAAACCUUGAGGUGUGAUUUUACUGGUUUUGAGGUCAAGAGAAGCUUUUGAAAAGAAACAAAUGAGAGUGUCGAUGUGUGGCAAGAACUUGGACUGAGAAAUCACUGGAAGAACAUUGAUAGAUAAUUCAUGUAUAAUUAUGUUUAGACCAUGCUUAUACCUUUUAUUGAUUGUUCAUUGUUGUCUAUGCAUGAUCAUAAGCUUUUAGUUUAGCAUAAACUGCCAUUAUAAUUAUUAGUGCACAAAAAGUUUAUUGCAAGCUCAGCACUUUACCAAUAUUCAAACUGUGGAGUGCUAAUUAGUUAUUUUGUUAAUUGUAACUGUGCGAUGAGUUUAUAACGAUAUUGAUAUUUUUUAUCGUGUUGAGUUGCAACAGAAUUUUAUCGCAUAUAAUUAUAGUUAUUAUGA